UCAGUCGAGCCGUGGCAGGCGUAGAGUCAGUAGUGAAUGUCAGUUUGUCGUGCAGAUCGGCCCUUUAAAAUACGCACAAUCGUCCUUGCAUUCUUCAGAUGACAACUAGAACCGAACCGGAAGCCUAACUUAAAUUUUUUCACAUUACACUUCUAUAAUUAACAAGUUUGGUAGGUGUUUGAAGCUUUCCGACCCCGAAAUAGGUUUUGUUGUGGAGAUACAGGAGGCAUGGUGGAAAUCCACGUGGUAGAUAGUCUAUCCACCCUAAUAUAGAUGUUCAGUGAAUGCCCUCGUACGAAUAAAAGUGGGUGACUAUGAGUUCCCAGUCACCGUCGGCCAUCGUUGAUAAGACUACAUCAGAUUAUUAUCACGGUAAAAAAGAACCUGUAAACAUAGUUUUGUUGGUGGUGUGUGUGUUGUGUAUUUCUGGUAGUGUUUACAACGCAUGGCGGCAGUCCUAUUUCGAGGAGAAAUUAAGAAAUCUGGAGGAAAGGGUAUACUCCAUGAAGGCGAGCUCCUUCGAAGUUAUUGCUAGUAGGAUAAGGAGGGAAAAUUUAUCUCAUCUUAAUAGGAGGAUUAGGAGGGAUUCUUACCAGAUGCAUUCUGGCGGUACGAGAUCCUCGAGGGAUACUCCUGAAUGUGUUUGUCCUGCAGGUCCUCCAGGACCCCCUGGUCCCACGGGUCCUCCUGGCAAGCGGGGUCGGAAGGGUAAGAAGGGAGACGUCGGAGAAGCUGGGGCAGCUGGUCCUGCUGGAACACCAGGCAAAAAUGGCUUUCCGGGAGACAGAGGGCAAAAGGGCGAAAUGGGAUAUAUGGGUACAAAUGGCGUUCGUGGAUAUCCAGGAUUCCCGGGCCCAAUUGGUUUAGAUGGCCCAAAAGGUGAUGCUGGUCGGCCUGGAGAAAAGGGACAAAAAGGAGAGUCGGGAAGCGCUGGAAUCGAUAUACUUCAAGCUGUUAAGCCUGGAAGGGGAUUGAAAAGAUCUGUUACUACACUUCGUGGAGGGACGCUGGGAUAUGCAGAGAUUGUUGCUGUCAAGGGACUGCAAGAAAGGGGCCAUAACAUAAGCGGUGAAACAAUCAUCACGUUAAAAGGGGAGCCUGGUGAACCUGGACCACCAGGACCGCCUGGUCCGCCCGGUCCAGAAGGAUUGGCUGGACAUGAUGGAAGACAGGGUAUGACUGGAGAAGCAGGUCCCCCAGGGGAAAAAGGGGAGCCAGGUCCAAUAGGACCUAUAGGACCGCCAGGAAUAGACGGUGUACAAGGACCAAAGGGUGAUAAAGGAGAUAAAGGAGAACGUGGGCUAACUACAACAUUGACUGGAGAUCAGUUUCCGACAGGCAUCAUAGAAGGACCGCCAGGACCUCCUGGACCUCCAGGUGAGAAAGGCGAAGCCGGCCCAAUAGGUCCUCCAGGAUCACCUGGUGAGAAAGGAGCUCGAGGGCGUCGAGGAAAACGGGGUCGAGACGGAGAUGCUCUGGGUCAAGGACCUCCUGGUCCACCAGGUCGUAGAGGCUUACCCGGUCCUAAAGGUGAUAGGGGCUUUAUUGGUCUGACAGGCUUUCCAGGUCCCAAAGGUGAUAUGGGGUUAACAGGCCCAGCAGGUGAACCUGGAAUAAACGGAGAACAGGGUCUACAAGGUCCUCCAGGAUUACCCGGUAUGACUGGACCAAAGGGAGAAAAAGGCGAAUACGGAGACAUUGGACCACCAGGCCUUAUGGGUCCACCGGGUCUCCCAGGACCACCUGGUUAUCCCGGACAGAAGGGUGAAAAAGGAGAUAAGGGAGAUUCUAAAUACAAAAAAUUACGUCGAAGACAGUUUCAGGGAGAUGCCGCUGGUGAAUUUUAUGGAGGCAGUGAAAUGAUAAUUGGUCCUCCAGGACCCCCUGGCGAACCUGGAAUACCAGGCCUUCAAGGACCCCCAGGAAUUAAGGGCGACCGAGGAAUAGAUGGUAUCAAAGGAGAACCUGGUGAAAAAGGAACGAAAGGUGAUCCAGGACCUAUGGGUUUACCGGGUCCCAUGGGUCUCAGAGGUGAAGACGGACGACCAGGUGGUUAUGGCAGGCCAGGACCAGUGGAGGAGAAUAAUUGGUGACUUCAAGAAAAAUACUCAAACUUGUUCAUCUGAUUUGUCAUCGAACGAAACGUUGUAUUAUUCAAAGAAUUUCCAAUGAUUUGCUUGGAGGCUUUCAACCAGAGAUCUCAAUUUCAAUAAAAUAAUAUAUUUUUCUUCCAUGACAUGAGCUAAGUGAACCUCAGUCCUCUUAGACUUAUUGAAACUUCUUUGGCACGAUUGAAGAUAUAGUUGUUGUAAUAAUAUUACAUAUUAUGUAAUAGGCUGAAACCCUGAAAUACCGCCUAGUAUUAUUAUACUUCUGUUCUGAACAGCAAGGGUAAUUCAAGUAUUAUUAUUAUUAUUACAUUUACUUAUAAAUAUACAUGCGUUGUAAAAUACCACUAUUUUAAUAUUUAUUAGGUGAAAAAUACCAAAUCGAUGCUGCAAGCUUUCAUCGAUAUAGAAAAAAAAAUCGAAAUGGAAAAAAUGAUAGUGUUAAUUUUUAUUUUAUCCUUAAUAUAUAAUUUUUUCUCUAAUAAUUAAUAAUUUUUUACGUUAAUUACAAUCAUUGAUGAAAACUUGUUGAAAUCGAACAAUAUUCAAAAUAUCAGAACGUCCAUCUAGUACUUAAAUACAUAAGUGUCUACGAAGGUUUGAAAUCCUUUGUUACCAAUUAAGGGUCCUUAUAUGUAUGGUAAAGAGCGAUUUUUAUAUAGAAAUAUAUUAUGUCAUCAUAACAAGUUAAAUAAGAUUUUUGUAAAAAGUUUUUCAAUAUCAUCUCUUCAAGAACAUAUAUUGUAACAUACAAAUAUUGACCUAAAAUUUUAUAGAUGUAUCAUCAAUUUAUAGAUUAUUUCAUGUGAAAUUCAUAAUUUCGAAUAUGUGACUCAAGCGAAUGUUUGUAAAAUUGAUAACUUGUAAAAUAUAAUUCCAGUUGGACUAAGACUAUAAGCUUGUUGUAUCAUUAUCGACAUGUACGAACUCAAUGUAUGUGCAUGCGCAAGAUAUUAAAUUAGCUUUCUUUACUACUA